AGUACAAGAAGACAGAGGGAGGAAAAGUUCGUUUCGAAAAACAGAGAGGAGACCGGAGAGGCGUAUUUUUGAAAACUAGCUAGAUAGAAAGGAAGGAAGGGAAAAUUACACAAAAAUGGGAGAUAUUGUAUUGCUCGUGGAUGAUUUGCAGACAAGUUGUGCAAUACCACACUGUAGGAUUUGCCAUGAAGCAGAAUUUGAAAGCUGCAAGAGCUUGGAAGCUCCUUGUGCUUGCUCUGGAACUGUCAAGUUUGCACACAGAGAUUGCAUACAGAGAUGGUGUAACGAGAAGGGAAACACAACGUGUGAAAUAUGUCUCCAGAAUUAUGAACCAGGAUACUCGGCACCUUCAAGAAAGUGUGAGAUGAUCGAGCCAAUGACGAUUAGAGAUAGUUUGGAAAUCCCAAGAAGAGAACAUGAUCCGGAAAACCAAGAAUUAGGAGGCAUAGCUGAAAGAGCCACCGCUGGUGCUGAGGAGUACUCACAUUGCUCAUCUGCCGCGGACAGAAGCGCCUCUUGCUGCCGGUUUUUGGCUCUAACGUUUACGGUCCUUAUGCUCUUGAGACAUCUUUUUGCUACGCUCACCGGUGGAACAGAAGAUUACCCAUUUACACUUGUUACUUUGCUCAUCUUAAGAGCUAGUGGGAUUUUAUUCCCAAUGUAUAUAGUUUUUCGGACAAUUGCAGCAGUUCAUAAAAGCAUCCGGUCUCAAUAUCAGGAUUCUGAGGAUGACGAAGACUACACCUCAAACUCUGAUGGAGAUGAGGGCGAGGAUCAAGAAGAUGCGCACCAUCAUUUAGUAUAGGCAUGAUCCUAAAAUAAUUUCUGAUUUUUUUAUUUUUUUUAUUUUGUAUGAGAGCAUUCCAUCAAUGCUCAUAUUGUCGACAACAUUCUUCCACAUUUUGAGGGCAUAAGUUACACGAACAGGUUUUAGAAA